UAAUGGCCGGAAAAUCGACGGGCGAAUCCCGUCCGGAAAACACAAUGCUUAUGAUUCCCAACUUUCUUUGCUUCUCAUGAUUUCUCCAUUGGAACCGGCGGAUUUGUCUUAGGGUUUGUAGAAUCUUUUGGUUUUCUUAAUGGGUUUUCCUGAUUCUUUUCUUUGUCCCUCACUGUUACUGUAACUCCAUUCAUCUUCUUUGAAUGCUUUUGUUUACCGCUUUCAUGCUGGAACCGACAUUGGAAUGUUGGUCUAAUUCUAAGUUCUAACAGCAAAGUUUGUAGUUAAGUUACUCGUUGUAGUCAAUUAGGGAAUUGAUUGUCUCUGCCUGGUUCUCGUAGAUCUUUUUGGUGUUGCUCUUCUUUGAGACGGUUCUCUUUUGGUGCGGUGUGUUUUUGUAUGUUUUCACUCUGUAUUUUGAAUCUUGGGGGAUUUCGUUUUCGUUUGGAUUCUUUGGGUGUCCGGUUCUUGUUUCUUACCUACUCUUUUUUAUUAUCACUGCCGAUGAGAUUGUAUUCUCAUUUGUUGUUUGUUGCUUUUCCGAAAUCUCUAAGCAAUCACAGAAAUCUCGCUUUUGGGAUUUUUCUCUGAGUUCAAGUUUGAAGAAUCUUAACUGUUCUCUUAUUGUCUUUUUGAAUGCCGAACUUUCUGGGAAUCGAUCUGAGACAUAUUGGUUCAAGAUCUGUGCAAUCCAUGCCCGGUUUCAUUUAGCAUUACCCUCAAUCGGUCCGUCGCAAUGAAGCGCACGGUCCGUCCAGUGUUCAGUGUGCUGCUGUUCAUCACCUUUUCCGUCACUCUCAUUUUCCGCCUUAUCUUCCGUCGUGGUUUGACUUCCUUUGAUUUGGAAACUAAUGUAAUCACUCCGAGACCUCCACCGUUUGUGUUCAAUUCAACACUGCUGAAAUUUGCUUCCGUUGAUUUGGCUGAGGCACAGUUGAAGAGAGAGAUAGAGCAAUUAUUGGAGGCCAACUUUGGUGGUCCGAGAACGUACAAGACUUACGCUACUUGGCGAAAAUUCAAUCACUACAGCAAGAAAGCGAGGCCCUCGAAUAGCUUUCCAGUAACGUUCCGCUCACCAGCUUUUUACCGACAUUGGCUUGAUUUCCGGCGAGCAUUGAGUGGCUGGGCGAGAAGAAAGGGGUAUGCGACGGAUAUAAUGCCAGAACUGGUAAGACUUAUCAAACAUCCAUUGGACAAGCACAGUGAGUUGGUUGGUUCAGAUCAAAGGUACCCAUCAUGUGCCGUCGUGGGAAACAGUGGAAUCUUAUUGAACAGUGGUUAUGGGAGGCUAAUUGACAGCCACGAUGUUGUCAUUCGAUUGAACAACGCAAAAACAGAUAACUAUGAGAACAAAGUUGGAUCUAAAACCAACAUAUCUUUCAUCAAUAGCAACAUCUUGCACCUUUGUGCUAGAAGAGAAGGGUGUUUUUGCCAUCCUUAUGGGCCAAACGUACCGACAGUCAUGUAUAUUUGUCAACCUGUACAUUUCAUGGAUUACACUAUCUGCAACACCUCCCACAAAUCUCCAUUGCUGGUAACAGAUCCAAGUUUUGAUGCUCUGUGCUCUAAGAUUGUGAAGUACUACUCUAUCAAACGUUUCGUGGAGGUGACAGGGAAGUCGUCGGAAGAAUGGAGCUCAGCCCAUGAAGGUCCUUUAUUCCACUACUCUUCCGGCAUGCAAGCUGUCAUGUUGGCGGUAGGAAUUUGUGACAAAGUUAGUAUAUUUGGAUUUGGAAAAUCGGUUUCAGCAAAACAUCAUUAUCACACAAACCAGAAAGCUGAACUGAGUCUACACGAUUACGAGGCAGAGUAUGCUUUCUAUUACGAUCUGAUUUCCAGGCCACAGAGAAUACCUUUCUUGUCGGACAAGUUUAAGGUACCUCCAACCGUUUUAUAUCAAUGAUUUUGGUUGGUGUAGAUUGGAGAAAUCAGUGAUUCUGAUGUUGGUUAGAUAACUUGUUUCAUUCUUUUUUGGUAUGUAUAGUCGGUUCGUUAGGCUGUCCAAUGACUGGUCGCAAAGAAAAAGUUGUUCUUUGGUGCUUCUGGUACUGUUGGGCUAUCCUUUGUACAAUGCUUUUCAACUUUUUAGCACAUGAUAGAAUUUGGAGCGUGUAUGAUUAUGAUUUGGAAUAGUUAUCAAGAAUGAAAUCUUAAUACCGAUUAAAUGCAA